AUGUGCCUCUACCCGAUCAUCAAGUUCUCGUGCUGCGACAUGCAGUACAAGCCGACGGACGAGCCGCCGAUCGUCAAGUUCUGCGCGCGCGGGCGGCCCGACACGAUCCGCGAGCCGUUCCCGAGCUGCGAGGUGCGGCAGCCGCACGAGUGCAACGACUUCUUCCGGCUGCCGAUCAAGUGCCCGGAGCACAAGCUGCAGUGGCUGAACGCGAUGGACCUCAACGACGAGUGCCAGGCCAUGGACGCGCGGCUGCGCGACGCGGGCGUCGGCGCGCUGCUGCGCCUCCGCUACCGCGACAAGAUGGCCCGCGCCUUCGAGAUGGUCGCCAAGUGCGCCGACCGCAUGGAGGCCGAGCGCCUGCAGGCCUGGAAGGUCAAGAUCUUCUGCACCGGCGCCGCCCUCGAGCUGCUCGGCACCGCCAUCGUCGGCAGCGACGCCAAGCCGCUCGACUACGCCGUGCUGGAGCGCCUGCGCGAGCGCCUGCUCAGGCACAUCAACGCCGAGGCGGAGCAGCUGAGGGAGGAGGCCGAGCGAGGGGGCGCCGCCAGUCCGCGAGCCGGGUGCCGAGCGGCGCAAGGAGAAGGAGAAGAGGAAGAGCAGAUGACGACGACACAACCCUGGGCAGCAGCGGGUCCAAGCCCACCUGCGCAGUCUUCUCCGCCGGCAGCAGCGGAGCAUCGGAGCUGCACCGCCCUGGUCGGCGACCCGGACGAGGCCAUCCACAACAGCCCCCUAGUAUCCGCGGGAGCACUCCACCCUUUACUAGCGCGCGAUCUGCUCUCGAGACAACCACCACCCGCGCCGUUCCUCAGCUUCCCUCAGCAGCCGCACUUUCCUUCGACCCUGUUCGAGCCCGAGCCCGUGCCGCUGUUCUCCGUCCCGCCACUGCCGAGCCAGUACUCCCCCGCCUUCCUGCCCUCCGCGGGCAUCAGUCCGCUGUUCAGCUUCCGCGGACACGGCGGCCAGCCGCCGCCACAGUUUAUGGCCGCCCAGCCGGGCUUCAUGCCCUCCUCGCUGUCCGGCCAGCCCGACGGGCGUGGGGCCGGGAUGAGGCAGGAAUUUCCCCCUCUUGAGCGGCAUGGCUUGACGGCGGCGGGCCAGCUGGCAGGGUAUCCGAUGGUUUCCUUGCGCGAGGACAGUCGAGGGAGUGUCAUGGGGGAUGGCGGUGUGUUGGCUGGGGAGGAGGGUGCUGACUCGCUUAUAGGCGCGUCGGAAGAUGUGACGUUCGGUGCCUGCGCGGACGGCGGGGGGUGA